GAGAGCGCAUGAAUUUUAAAAUGAGAACGCCUCUUAUUUCCAGUUAUUUUGUCAAGACCGAAAUGUAUAGAACAGCAGAAAUCGAAGUUGUCCCAUUGUUUAUUUCCUGGUCAGUAGGUAGGUAAGGGGUCCUGAAAAGCCACGCCUACGAAACGUCUGUCUCAGAAACCCUGCUAUCACCAGUUGAUCUAACACCGGCAUUAGGGGGGAGACCCAUAUCCAUGGGGAGACCGGGGUUAGGGUCUUCUGACCGAGCUGGACAGAGGAUGAAUUCGGGAAAACUAGCAGACGGACGAGUCGCUGGCUGCGGCUCAUAAUCUGGAGAUGUAGUCCUCCUGAGUGGAUUAUCAGAAAUUGUCUAUGGCAACCUUCUGCAGCAGGGCAAGUGCGGGCGGCUGUGUUCAAACUGUGUCUGCACGAGACCGUGGCUAGCUCCAGAAACCACGUUCUCAUGAGUGUAUGUGAAGCUGCUUCCUUCUCCUAGCCGCCGAGCUAACCUGGAGCUAACGUCCAGCUAGCCGCAGCAGCAGCAAACACAGGGGACGGACGGCUAGCCGGUGUUAACCCCGCUGGAUGGGGGACGGAGCAAGCUAGAACCCUAACCCUACAGCCUGCCUCCGUCCCCCACUACGAAGAAAAAGAAAAGAAAAAUAAGUAAGAAAAAUAGUAGAGAGGGAAAAGAAAUGACAGCUGCAGAUAACCUGGAAGACAUCAAAGGAUCUUUAAACCCUCUGUCAGGUGAGAAGAGUUACGAUCUUUUGGCUGACUUCCUUUUGCCAGACGGGCUCUAUUUAAGCAAUUUCUUGAUUGAACGGGUCGGGAGGUCAUCAGGUUUGGGUUCUCCAGCUCCUCUUCCCUCAUUCCCACCUGGAGGAGACAUGCUGGACUUCCUGGUGCAGGCAGGCGAAAUCAGCAAACCGGACGGCCUUUUUGCUUCCUGGUACCACAGAGCCAACAGCAAGGAGGAGAUGAACGAAGCCCUCGCAAGUGAUGUCAUGAUCCUGGAGGCUGAUGUCACUCUGAGGGGUUAUGGGACGUCCAGCGAGGAGCCGGUCCCCAUCAUGGCUCAUCCUCCCGCUGUCCACAGCGACAACACUCUAGACGAGUGGUUGGACGCCGUGCUGGCCUCCAGAAAAGCCAUGAAGUUGGACUUUAAGGCUCUGGAAUCAGUGGGUUUGUCUCUGGACCUGCUCAGUCGGAAGAACAGCAGCCAAGGAUUAAACAGGCCUGUUUGGCUGAACGCAGACAUCCUGAUCGGCCCCAACACACCGGGCUUCAUGCCUACAGUCAAUGGAACCAGAUUCCUUCAGUUGGUUCAGGAGAAGUUUCCAGAUGCGACUUUGUCUCCAGGAUGGAUGGUGUCCUACGCUCCUCCACUGUUCACCUCCUCCUACACCAGAGCCAUGGUGGAAGACAUGUACGGUUUGGUUAAGGACUGUCCCCAGAAGGUGACGUUUCCGGUUCAUGCUCUGUUGGUUCGUGCCGGCUGGCAGCAUCUGAGCUGGCUGCUCAGCCAGUCGCCACGGUUCAGUCUCACCUUGUGGCAAGGUUCAAUCCAUCCCAACAUCAGCGACCUGCUGUUUGUCCGCGACAACUCCAACCCUGCCAGAGUUUACUACGACAUAUACGAGCCGACGCUGUCGGAGUUUAAAGAAGCUGCAACAAGGCAAAGCGAUCCGAGGAGGUUCUAUCCUGGAGGAGACCUGAUGGAUUUCCUUCAUCCGACUCGCAACUCGGACAACAACUUCCUGAGAGAAGCCGGCACAGAGAAACAUCGCAGCAGCAGCCUGGAAGUGCGCUGGUUUACAGUCACUGAUCGGGCCUCUCUGCUGCCUCAGCUCUCUGGUGAAACAAGUGGAGAUGGUGGGAUGUUGGUCGUUCAUUUAUCUUCUGACAGCAGCAGACCUGGAGUUCCUGUAGUGGUGGAAAGUUUUGGAAGGAGCUCAGAGUUGCUCACACUGCAGGACGUCCUCGAGCUGCUGGGGCAGAACGCUGAGGCCCGCUGGGGUAUUUACCUGCAGAUCCAAAGCCAUCAGCUUCUGGAAGCUUCUCUCCAGCAGCUGCAGUCGUCUUACAGCUCAGAAGAUCUCUACAGGCCAGUGUGGAUCAGCAUGGACGGUUUACAGAGUGGCGACGACGACACCAAGGAGUACUUUGUUUCCACGGUAGAGAAGCUGUUUCCUUACGUCACAGUCGUCCUUCCUGAACAGAAUUAUCCUCCAGUAAUCCCAGCAGCAGUGGCAGGUUUGUCCCAGCGGGUGGCACUACGCCUAAAGUCUGCAUCGCUGCCAACAGGACAGGAGGAGGAGCUGAACUCUCUGAUGGACAGAUACGACUUUAUACUGGAGGUGGACACAAAGACCAACACCGAAGCUUUCUCAGUGCUGAAGAUAUUAAUGACCCAGCGGACAGGGAGGGUCAGUAACAGAGAUCACGUAACCAACCUGUACAUAAUCUCUGAUGAGCAUCCCAACUGAUGUUUGUGUUCCACACACAUCAAUUUAUUGUGUAUAAAUAGACCCUGCGUGUCAGGCACAAACUCGUGUUAGUUGUGAUGACUCGAUUGGACAGAAUGCAGUAAUGUUUGCAUGUUUUGAACACUAGUAUGAACCCUCUGAUGUGCCUCUUACUAUCUCCAUAAUUACACCAAUUAUGCACCUGUGAAAACAGGACGAAUUGUCAGAUUUUCCUCAUUCAUACCGUCCUUUAACUGAGAACCUGCUGUGCUGAUGGAAAAAUCAUGCUGUUCUGCCAAAAAUACACUGUUUGUACGGACCAGAUUCAGUGCAAAACCAACAACAGUAUAAGAGCUUCUUGGUACAACCGGUUAGCAGUUAGAAUUGGUUAGUCAAAUGUAUACGUCAAAUCCAAAUCUGUGAAAUAAACUAUAUUUUUUGAGGCAUUCAUUUGUAUUUCAUGGAUUUUUUUUAUUCCAAAAUGCCCUUUUUCUUUUUUUGAUUUUACUGGAACAUUUCAGAAGUUUGCUUCCGAUUCAUUUGACCGUUAAAUGCUAAUUGGUUCGUAUUUCUUUUUGUUUGUCAACGCAGCCGAUCCAAACACUAACAUCAGUUGGCUGGGGUUAGGGUUAUUGUUGUUGUAUCGUUGUUGUUGUUGUUGAUCAAAACAGAGACAGACGUCUGGUUUUUUUGUCGUGUUUGUUUUUAGAAAUAUUCUGAUACAUCAAAAUUCUGAUACGUUAAAAGACGUAAAAUAAAUGUCAAUAAAAUUAUUUAAAAGAGCUUGAAAAAUUAAACUGACAUAAAAAACACAACCGGUAACAUAUGUUGUACAUUUCAUAUGUUACGCAUUCAUGCUAGUGCUGUCAAACAAUUGAUAUCAUGUUCACCAAUGAUCACAGGGUUGCUGUGGAUUAAUUUUGAUUAUGUCACGAUUAAAUAUUCAUUAAUCAUUUUUCGUUUUGCAUGAGCAGACGGGGGCUGCACAGUGUAGUACUGGUUAGCACUUUCGCCUUGCAGCAAGAAGAUCCCUGGUUCAAAUCCCGGCCUGGGCCUGGGAUCUUUCUGCAUGGAGUUUGCAUGUUCUCCCUGUGCAUGUGUGGGUACAUACUUCUCUGUCUACUUUACUCCAUGUAGGUUUCCCAAAGACUAUGAGUUGAGGAAGAAGUGGGAAGCAGCUCUGAGGACAGAGGGGUUUGCUGUAAAACAGCCUAGAGAGAGAGAUAAAUAAAUAAAUAAUAUUGAAUAUUAAUAAUUCUGUUGUUUAUUGUAAUUGUGUUUAUUGUAAAUGUAAAUAAACUCUAUCCUGUUCUAGUCUA